GUUGGCUCACUCUGCGGCUCCCGCCGCUCGGGAGCAGACACGCGGGGCCAAAAAUAACUAAUUUGAACUAUUUUAAUAAAAAAAAAAAAAAACAUUUGUAAAUAUCACUACUAAAAACAAAAAAAAAAAAAAAAACACACUCUCUUCAAAAAAACACUACUACUUCUUUUACUCGCUAAUAUUUCUCUAUAUUAAGAAGAAGAAAAAAAAGGAAGAACGCGCGUAAAUCCAACCGGUCCGAGAAAACAAAGAGAAUUUUUAAACAAAAGAAAAAAAAGUCAUCUAUUUUCUACUUCUAAAUAUUCCGCUACAAAAAAAAAAGUUUGUCUCGAAAAAAAAAACGCCGACCUUUUUUAAUUUUAUCUCUGAAAAAAAAUAUAUAUAUAUAUCUCUUUUAUCAUCACUUAUACUAAAUCUUAUAUCUAAACGUGUGACCCUUACAUUAUUUUGUCCUCCGCGUGGGACAGGUUCAGUGUUGUAACUUAGGAUAUAAGACGAAAAUAAAAAAAAAGUUUCACACACAAAAAAUAAAAUAGUGCAAAAAAAAAAAAAAAAAAAUGUUUGAAAAAAUUUUCUAUAAAUUUUUUUCUAUAGAAAAUUGAUAUGGAAUAAAAAAAGAAGAAGGAUUUCAAUUUCAAAAAAAAGGCUGUGCAACAUCGUCCUGGGGUUGUCCUGCCAUUUUUGCAGAAUUCACUGUUUGCAAAAAAAAAAAUAAAUAAAUCCGACCAAAAUGAAUUUCAACUUCUAAUUGGUCUGAAAAAAUAAGGAGAGAAAAAUAAUUCCUUGGGACUUGAAUUUAAACGUCGCUCAAGAUCAUUUUUUUUUUGUUUUCUAUUUCAAGUACCUUUUUGCGCGCGCGAGAGAAAAAAAAAGAGAGACACACACAUUUCAACUAAGAAUAAAAUCGAAAAUUAAAUAAUAAGAGUAAUUUGUGCCUCGUUAAAAAGGGAAUCGAAUAUAUAAAUAUAGUGUCAGUGCAAAUAAAAAAAAGAGAUAGAGAGAGAGAGAUAAUGAGUUACCUUCUCUCGUUUAUCGCUUUUAGAGUUUGUAAUUUAUAUAAUAAUAACAAUAAUAAUAACAAUAAUAAUAAAAAUAAUAAUAAUAAUAAUAAUAAUAGUAAUAAAAAAAUACAAUCUCGCUCAAGUAAACGGGCGUAAUUUUUAAACGACAAUUAUUUUAAAGAAUAAUAUAAUUUUAUAAUAGAAAGAAUUUUUUUUUUUUUUUUCUUCAAAUUAUUCGUUGAUAAUAAUUGGUGAAGUGAAAAGGAUGGCGGGCUAUAAUCACGCGAAUCCCCAGCGUGUCGUCUACCACGCGACCUACCCGACGCCUCUUGCCCCAAAUGGAGAUCCAAUCAAACUUCCAGAAAAUUUGGAGACUUUACCUCGAGCUGAGCAUUUCCCAACCCAAAGGCAUCGAUGGAACACCAAUGAGGAAAUUGCGGCAAUUUUAAUAAAUUUCCAAAGGCACGCAGAAUGGCAGAGUCGCGAAGCCAAAGUAAGACCGCGAAGUGGUUCAAUGUUGUUAUUUUCGCGAAAAAAGGUCCGCUAUCGACGAGAUGGUUAUUGUUGGAAGAAAAGAAAAGACGGAAAAACAACGCGAGAGGAUCACAUGAAGCUCAAGGUACAAGGCGUAGAAUGUAUAUACGGUUGCUAUGUGCAUUCGGCGAUAUUGCCAACAUUUCAUCGACGUUGCUAUUGGCUUCUACAAAAUCCUGACGUUGUUCUUGUUCAUUAUUUGAAUGUUCCUUAUCCCGAUGGCGAUGCAAAAUUGGCCGCUUUACCGCCAUGUCUUGCAUUGCCACCGGAUAAAAAAGAAUGGACACGCGAUGAAUUGGCAUCGCAAUUAAGGCCAAUGUUUCUUGGCAGUGAUGACGAUCCAAAUAAUCCUCAUUUAUCGCAAAAUUCAAAUCAUCCAGUUGACAUGAUCGUCUCACAGCUAUUAGAUAGACAACGUGCAUCUUCCGCUUCGACAACCACCAGUGCUCAAAUUGCUCCCAGGCGACUCACCCCUGACAAUCAGGUCUCAUCGACAACUGGAGGUCAACAACCAACAACAACGGCAUCGACGGCUCCUCGCGUAUACUCGAGACAUUCCCAUUCAACCCAGAGUCAACAAUCGGCUCCAUUAGUAUUAAGUCUUCAACAAAUUCAAGGUGGUGGAGGACUUUUAAUUCUUAAUAGUCAACCAUAUCAUCAUCAACAGCAGCAACAACAACAACAACAAUCAGCUCCGCAAACAAAUCAAGUUGAAAUGCAACAAGUUUCGGAUCAAAAAAUCGUCCAACAAAUUGGUGUUGAUCGUGAACAACAAACACAACAGGAUAUUGAUACCAAAGACAAUAUUGAUUGUACAAAUGUGCAAACACUUACAACUAGUGGCAGUGGAUCAGCGGGCGUUACCGAUUUUGCUGAGACACUUGAUCUUAGUCAAGAGGAUAUUCAACGUACUUUAUCGGCUAAUAUGGUGCCACCAUCGCCAUCACCAUCGCCCGCCGAUAAUAGUAUUAUUAAUCCAAUGGACUUUAUUGAUUCGCCGGACGAUGUUCUUGUCAAUCUUGAUGCAUUCGAUGUCUUUGGGGAUUUACCCGAGCUUCAUGACUUCGAUACUGAACAUUGCAAGGCAGAGGAGAGGAGCGCUGAUAAUGACAAUCCAUGUCAUCCCGGUACGACCGUCCAUAUUGCUGAAUAUAGUCCUGAAUGGAGUUACACCGAGGGAGGCGUCAAGGUGUUGGUGGCAGGACCCUGGACCGGUGGUAGUAAUUCGCAAUCUUAUUCGAUACUUUUUGACGCCGAACCAGUUGAAGCAUGCCUUGUACAACCAGGUGUAUUAAGAUGUCGAUGUCCAGCUCAUGCGCCAGGAAUAGCUUCACUUCAAGUUGCAUGCGAUGGUUUUGUUGUGUCCGAUAGUGUUGCAUUUGAAUAUCGUAAACCACCAACGUCUGAACCAAGUCCUGAGAAAGCACUUCUCGAUCGUCUCGCCGAUGUUGAGGCACGUCUACAGGGUUCUGAUUCACAUUCACCUGCUGCUCAUCUUGAGGAACGACUCGUCGCUUAUUGUCAGGAAGCUGUUGCAAGACCAUGGCGUACAAGUGCAGAACCACUACAAUCAGGUGGACCAACUCUAUUGCAUUUGGCAGCGGGUUUAGGUUAUUCGCGAUUAGCUUGCGCGCUAUUACACUGGAGAGCGGAAAAUCCGAGUAGUGUUCUAGACGCUGAAGUUGAUGCUUUAAGACAGGAUGCUGCUGGAUUGACACCACUUGCAUGGGCUUGCGCUGCAGGACAUGCGGAUACAGCCAGAAUACUCUAUCGAUGGAACGCAAUGGCGCUGCGUGUGAGAGAUUGUCAAAACAGGAGUGCCACCGAAUUGGCUGCAGAGAACGGUCACACGGCGAUCGCCGAAGAGCUCAAUCGCUUGGAGGCUAGAAGACAAGAUGAGAGACUAUUUUUGCGGCCUGCCAGCCCUAUUCCUAGGAGGCCAUCUCAAGAUAGCGGUCUCGAUUUGGCUCUAUGUGGUUCCCCUCUUCUGGACGACAUGGAUUUGUUACAAGAAGAUGAAUCGUCUUUAGGCCUCGGCCACCAGGGAAUGGAGACUGUCCCGAACCCUCGAGAGAUCGUAGGGGAGGAAGACGCGAGAGUGCUGACUUUGGCCGAGCAAAUUAUAGCCGCCCUACCGGAGAGGAUCAAGAGAGCAGAGGCCGAUCCUCCAUCUCCAUCUUCGCCACCUCCUCCUCCACCUUUACCACCUCUCGAGGACGCAUUGAUGGAACAAAUGCCACUCGACUCGGGUAAAUUGUUUGACUCGUAUCGGGAGUGCGGCGGUGCGGCAUCCGUUUCGGACGCGGACGCCGAUGCGAGUCCAUCAAGUCCAUCGAGUAGUUGUUUGACGCCUGACUCACCGUCGCCACCGCCGACAACUGCUGAUUUUUGUGAAUUUUUACAAUUACAAUUGCAACUCGACGGUGGCAACGGUCACAAUGGCCAUUAUCGUUAUGGAACAGAGAGGAAAUUUGGAUGUGGAAUAAAUGGUUGCGGUGGAAGUUUAAGUUCCGGCGAUGGAAGUGAAGCUGAUUUCAGUAGAUUAACAUUAUCGGAUCGUGAACAACGUGAACUUUAUCAAGCAGCGAGAAUGAUACAAAAAGCCUAUAGAAGUUAUAAAGGUCGUCAACGUCAAGAAGAGGCCGAGAGGCACGCUGCCGUUCUUAUUCAACAAUAUUAUCGUCGUCACAAACAAUGUGCUUACUACAGACAAGCCACGAAGGCCGCUUUGGUGAUUCAAAGUAACUAUCGAAAUUAUCGUGCGCGUCCUGGAUCAUCAGUUUCAAGACAACAAGCUGUUCAUCAACAAGCCGCUCAUCAAGCUGCUCGAAAAAUUCAGCAAUUUAUGAGACAAUCCAAAGUCAAACUGCAGAACGCCAGGGCCGCCGCAAACGGGAACGGGAGGCAGCCAGUGCCCAUUUUACGGGGGGCUGUUGUCCCCCAAAACUCGCCCUUAUCUAGCCCAGGCGCUAGCCUAGUAGCCGCCAAUUCAAAGGUCACACAGUGAAUAGCAGCGAACGUGAGAUAGAAAGGAAAAAAAAUAAUUUCCGACAGGAACGAUGUCGGACCAUGUAGGGCUUUUUUUUCUACAGUGAUAUAUAAACGAAGAAGAAUUUUCCGGAUAUUAACGGAAGUAUACUGGAAACACACAGACUUCACAGUGUGAUGAUAGACAGGUACUUAUGAUAAAUAUUGUUCAGAAAAAAAAAUGGGUAUCUCAUCUUCUCGCGUUACUUAUUUAAAAAAAAAAAGCAUUUAUACUGUUGCUAUAAGUUAAAACAAUUUUAAACUUAUAGAAGUUUUUUAUCCAUGUCUUCUAUUUAAUAAGCUUUCAAAAAAGCGACACUUAUUUCAAAAAAAAAAAAAAAGUGUUUCCAAUAAUUUCCCCUAAUUCUGGAAACGCGUUUUUCUCUCAAUUGUUUCUUGGGGAUUUUUCCGCAUCACUUUGUUUUUAUUAUUAUUAUUAUUAGAAGAAGAUGCGUCGAGAUUUUAGACGAGAAAAAUCGUGUACAGAGACCACGAGUUUCUUGUGGUUUUUUUUUUUUUGUUUUUGCGCAUCGCUUUCUUCUGAAAAAAUAAAUUUAAAGCUUUGCGCUGUCAUAAAAUGGGGAAUUAAAAUUGAAAAGGAAAAUUUUUGCAUAUAUAGGCUUAGAUUAUUUAGAAUUUUUCGCUUUUCACAGCAAGUGAACUUAAUUCAGUGUUCAGUAUUCCAAUGAGAAUACCUUAUAUAUUUAUCUUAGUAGUAUUUGUUAAUUUUUUUGAUGAUGCGUUGAUCGCAGUAUUUUUUUUUUUUUUUUUUUUUUUUUUUUUUGAAACAACGCGCGUCAUUUAAUUAUUAUCUGCCUCGCGAGACAGACGUUCGUUGUGCGAUACACAUGUACCUUUUUGCCGGACGCUUCUUGUUCCUAUGGCAAUUAUUUUAUAUACUAUUUUCUCCUUGCAUUUCUUUAAAUUUUGUUUUUUUUUUUAAUAUGUAAUUUAAUCAAAAAGGCACCAAAAUACUUAUGAAUCAUUAAAAAAUUUUUAACUUCGUUUUUUGUUUUAUAAAUUAUUUAUUACGUUUUAAAAAUAUAAUUUUCAUUUUAUUUUUUAAUAUUAAUUUUUUUUUAUAAAUAAAAUUUCACUUUUUUCUGAAAAUUCCGAAAAAAAUUACGCUUCCUUACUUAAAGUAUUCUAUAAGUGCAAAUAUAUAAAUAUAUAUAAAUAUAUAAAUAUCUAAAAGUCAAGAUUUUUCGCUUUUAGAAUUGAUUGGAGCUGAUAUUCUAGUGUUAGUGAAAACAACAAAAAAAAAAAAAAAAAAGUUUUACAGUUUCGUGAAAUUUAUAUCCAUUGUCAAUGGUGCUAUAAAACGUAAAUGAAUCUUUUUUGCAGCGCCUUUAAAAAAAAUAGAGCGCGACACUAAAUUCGUGGUGACUGUACUGAAAGCUAGAAAAAUGCUGGAUAAACGAUGUUUCCAGAUGUUGCCGAGUUAUUUAAAAAAGUAAAACAAAGAAAUCAGUAAUUAGAAUUUUAAAAAAAAAUUAUCUCUAAACUUGAAAUUGCAAUAUUUAACGAUUCUUUAGUUAAUAAUGAAAAAAAAGCUACUUUUUUUUACAUCUUGGCAACAGCUUUUGUGCUAAUUCUUACGAGUAGUUUCGCGAUAGAUUGAAUCAGUGUGUUAAUUGAAACGACGAGCUUUAUCCUGAUAUUUAAAAAAAAAAAAGCUCAAAUAUGUAUUUUUGGACUGAUUCGAGUGACCAAAUUAUUCGCAUUAAUAAUGAGGUGAUAAUUUGCGAAAACUUGGUCAAAUUUCUUUAUUGCAUACUAUAAACUUUGCUUAAUAGGAUCGUAUUCGAACGUUUCAAUUCUCAUUUCGAGAAAAUACAAUAAUUCCUUAUUGCUUUUUUCAAAAAUGUAAUUUAUUUUUAUCUCAACUUUUUGAGAUUUCCUUUUCACAAUGUGAAUUUUUCCAAAGGUAUUGAAAAUAGUAAAAUAUUUAAAAUUAUUUAUUCACAUUUUUUUUUUAUUUCAAAUAUUUUUUGUUUUCAUAAUUUUUUGCAUUUAAAGAAAGGAAUAUUUUUUUUUCAAAUAAAGUUUUUCUGACUUUAUUUUUCAUAUAAACAAAAAAAGGUUCCUAAAUUAAAAUUUUCUUUUGCAUCGAUCCUACUGGAUGAUUAAGAAAAAAAAAGAAAAAUAAUCGCAUUUGAGAGAAUCACUUUUAAAAAAAAGGACUGAUGGGAUUUUCUUUGUAAUCUAGUGGAAUUUUAGGAAAAUAAUAUAAUUAAGAAUAAUUUUUAAAGAAAAAAAGAAAAAAAAAAAAAUUAAAUCUGGGCUCUUUCAUUAGGCCCCUUAAUCCACGGGCUGUGCUUGAUGUCACGGUAAUAAUCAAUUUUCUUAGGAGGUAUUUUAGAAUUGUAAAUUAGGCAAUUGCAUUGUUAUCGAUUAUCUAUAACAGUUUCUCUCCAAUUAGGGGAUUUUUUAAAAAGGCUCUUUUUAGACUAUUAGGGAAUGCACAGAGGAUGCAUAAAGGGGGCAUAGGCGAGGGCUCCGCGUUCCUGUUGGUAAAAAAAUAAAUAAAUAUAUAUAUUGUGAUAAAUCUAUGGUGAUCCAAGAAAGUAUUUCCAAAGUUUCGACAAUUGAUGUGAGGAGAAUAUUAAAAAAAAGUCUUCGCGAGUCGAUUCUAAUGAGACAUUUUGAAGUUUACUUGUUGGUAACUUUUUCCAAAAAAAAAAAUUUUUUUGCUGUUCGAAGGUAAUCGAUGAUCGUGUACUUUUUCUUUUCUAUUUUACCAUUUUUUUAAAAAAAUGAUCAUAUUCUAAAUAUUUUUAAAAGAAAAAAAAAUUUAAGUUCUAACGUUUCCAAUAAUAUGAUUCUAAAUAUUUUGUUAAAUGUAUAAUGUUGAUAAAAACUUUUGUUGUCUAUUUGAAAAGAUAGUGUUAAAAUAUAUAAUUAUUAUCGAAUUAAGCUAUAGAAAUAAGUCAAUAAGUUUCGAUUGAAGAUUGUGGGUAUUUAUAUGAUUCCAUUUGUCGUGUUUUUAAAAUAACAUUUUCUUAUUUAAAUCCUCUCAUUUAUUAAAUGUUGUUCACGAUUUUUGUAUAAAAAAAAAAUAUAUAUCUAGUAAUGAGUUUUCUUAAUAUUUAAUUACUUUAUAUUUAUUAGAGUUUGUAUAUUUGUGAAAAUAAGUAAUAUUAAAAAAUAGAUUUUUUUUUUUCCGUGUGGAAAAGAAGAUUUUCGAUUACCGCGCAUAGCGGGAUAAAGAAAUUGAUGGAAAAGUGAUGGUAGCAAGUGAGAGGAAUGUAAUAUUGUACACGAGUCAAUUCCAACGAGCAUUUUAUGCCACUAAGCUUAAUUAAAGAAUUAUUAGUUAUUAAAAAAAAAAGAAGAAGAAAAAAGUAAAAAAAAGUAAAAAAAAAAAUGAAAAAAAGAAAUUGAAGAAAGGACGAAAAAAUGAUGGUAAAAAAAAACACUCUUUCUCAAUCAUUGUUAAUUAAAUUAAUGAAUUAAUCACGAUCUUAUAUCGAUACUUAAACGAGACGAGUAAGCAAUACUAUUAUAUAAAUAAAUAUAUACAUAAAACUAUUAUUAUAUUCAUAUUUUUGCUUAUCGCGUAAUUAAGGAAUUAAAAAAUUGAAGAUGACAAAAAAAAAAAACUAAUAAAUAAAUAAAUAAAACUUUAGCGAUUUUAGAAGGAUGAAAACAGGGACGAAGGUGGACGAUUUUGUAGUAAGGUGCAGUUUGCCGGGCGCGUGUCGCGCGCUCAGUGGCAAUCAAAUUGCGAAUUUUACAUUUCUUAUUAAAUAAUCUUAUAUAGACAAAAAAAAAACCAAUAAUAAAAUUUAUAUUAUCGAAUCAUCGAAGCGCGCAGCGCCAAACUGUACUUCGCUAGAUUUAAAAAAAAAAAAAAAUAUCAGACUUCAGCCCGGUUUAAUUAUUAUCGUAGAGAACAGAACUUUUUUCCUAAGACUUGCGUCCUAACGAUUUAUUUCGCGUGAUAUUUUUAAAUUUGGAAAAAUUAUUUUCAUUUUUCUCGCAUUAUUUAAUGUCAAGAAAUUCUUUUUUUAACGAAAUGUCUAAAAUGGCAAAUUUGAAAAUAUCACGAAGAAUUUGUCGUUUAAUUAGAGAUGAAGAGAAUAUUGAGUAGUAUUUUUUAGAAAAGAAAAAUAUAAAGAAUUUGGGAUAAAGUAAUUUUUGCGAGGCAGGAAUAUAAUUGAAUAGCGAGAGCGAGAGAGGAGACUCACACUUCUACUAUUAAAUUAAUUAAUUAAAAAAAAAAAAAAAAUCGCUAGUAUAGGCGCUUCGAGGUACAUAAACUCUUUAAAAUCACUUUAAACAAAAAAAAAGCAAAUUAUUCUCAAUCAUAAAUCUAUUGACUAUAAAGACAUUUUUAAAUCUACAUUUAAAAAAAAAGCCAAGAGUCAAAGACGACUAGAUGAUAGGAGCCGCAUGGCCUAACUGCUGCCACUUUAAUUAAUUAAACGAUUAAUUAUAAAAAAAUGAAAAUACUUUAUUACUACUCGAUUAAAAAAAAAAUAAAUAAAUAAAUAAACGAUGCAUCGGAUAUAUAACGAUUGUGAGGUCGAUGAUGAUUAUAAACGAUAAAAAUGAUGUAUCGCGCCAAUUUUCAACUACUUUUUAGAAUUCAGAAACGAGAACAAUAUUUGUAGAAUUAGAACAAACAUUUUACUUCUUCGAGUCGGAAAUUAAUAAUCCACAAAAUAGAUUCGAAUCUCCAAUGUCCAAUUUGAAAAAUUAUUGCGAGUGUCGAAAUCGUCCCGAUUUGUCGGAAUUUCGAAUUUUAUCGACAUUUUUGAUAUUGUAUAAUAGAAAAUAAAGAAAAUUUGUUUUUUUUUUCCAUUAAAAGUUAAUUUCAAAUUUAUAAGAUGUAGUAAAUUUAUUUGCACAAAAAAAAAAUUACAUAUAAAAAUUUAUUAUUUAGGUUUUUGUUUUUUUUUCUUCUUUUUAAAUAUUUUUUUAUUCAAUAAGAAAAUGGGAGGGGGAAAAAAAUGAAGGAAAUUUGAAAGAAAAAAAAAAAAUGUUAAUGAAUUAAUUUUCUUUUUAAUUUCUUCUCAACUUCUCUCAUUGUUAAUAUAUUUAUCGUUUUUCAUAUUCAAGUUCUCGCCCUUGAAUGUUCUAGUCUUUCUAAAGGCACUGAUAAAAUAUUUCAAUCACGUCCACUCGAGGCAAUCUAAACGGAAAUGUUUUCAAAGACUUUUCCAUUUAUUUUCUAAUUUCCAAGAAAAGAAACAUAAUAGAUUUCUUAAUUCAUAAUUAUAUAUAUAUAUAUAUUAUAUACAUAUAUACUAGGAGUAAGGCUUCUGAAAAACUAUAACAUUUUUUAUACUAGUAUUUAAAAAUAUCAUUUGCACCUUAAUAAAAAAAAGGGCAGAUAAACAAAAAAAUAAUUAAAAAAAAUAUAUAUUCGGUGACCAUUUCGACACUUUUCUUCAGGUUGACGUUUCUUCGUCUUGAAAUUCGCGCGAUAAGUCGAAGUCGCAAAAAAAAAUUUAGAUUUUAAUGUAAAUGAUUAAUUAUUUACAAAGAGAGAAUGAAAGACAAAAAAAAUUUUAAAAAUAAAAGAAAAAUGAUUUAAAAAAAAAAACAAACUCAUCGACGUCCUCGAAAGCGAAAGUUCAAAAAAAAAAAAAAUAAAAUAAAAGCCACAGGCGAAUUUCGAUGCGAAGAGAGCGAGUCACAUUUAAGCGCUAUGUUAGUGUAACGAAUAACGAUACAGGCUCCAUCUCUUGUAAUAUUUUUAUUAUCGCAAACGUAAUUUUAAUUAUUAUUAUUAUUAUCAUUAUGAUUAUUAUAUAAAAGUAUUAUAAUUAAAUCAAUGACUAUACCACUAUUUAUUAUUUAUUGACUAACGUUCAACUAAUAUUGUAAAUAACGAAAAUAUUUUAUCUAUAUUUCCGAUCCGGGGGCUUUGGUGGGAGCACCAAAUUAAUUAAUUGGUGGUCUUUGGAAAUCGUGCGAUUUCCAGUCACCUGGUUCCCAUUGUUACACCAUUUCAUCAUUGCAUUUAAUAAAUUAUAUAUUUAUUGA